AUGGCCAGAAAUCCUUUGCUCAAAGACAAACCUACGGCAGGCAACAAUCGCGCAGGCAAGAAUGGGCAAGACAACGGAAACUGGCCGGAAGCGCAUAUUUUGAAGGAUGCACUUUAUCGCUACUCGAAAGAACGCCUCCCACUUUCCAGGCGUAUCAAGCGAUUGCACCACGAGUUCAGUCUCGAUAUUGGCCUGACUCUUCUGAAGAACCUCAACAAACACUUUCAAAUCCCUUCGUCGCGAAAGGCUCAGAAAGGCAUGAUCGCGACACAGACCAUCCUGAACGAGAUGGCCAAGGAUCCAUCAGGACGACGUGGUAUCGGUGCAAUGCAAACGAGCCUUGCUAUUGCCGGUACACCCCUCCCUCGAAGUGUCAUACGGGACGUUGUGCGGACGAAUGAUCCUGAUGGUGUUGAGGCACGCUAUCCUGGACGAAAACCUCAAGCAAUUGUGCGAGGCAAGCUUGUUGCUAUUGGGCCCAUGUACGAAGUCCAUUGCGACGGACAUGACAAACUUGGUGCCUUUGCGCUACAGAUGGGCGGCGUUGGGCUACCCAUAUAUGGCUAUAAGGAUAAGUGUUCUAGUCUAUGUCCCCAGCUUGUCACCAUUCCGAACAAUCGCAAGACGGAGAUCGUAGGACACACAUACUGUGAUUUGGUCAGCGAACUUGGGUGUAUUCCAUUGCAACUCACGUUCGAUAAAGGCUCGGAGACGGGUGAGCUCUAUGCUAUGCAGACGGCAUUUCGCGAAGUAUAUGCACCAAACAUCGACCCAGUGGCGUAUCCACCGUGUCACGCGAUGAAGAGUGUUCAUAACAUCCCAAUUGAAAGUUUCUGGCACGUAUUCCGGGAGCACACUGGCCGCAAUCUGCAUAUGGCCAUUGUACAGGGUAAGCACGACGGUAUCUUCCACUGUAACGACGAGUUGCACGAGCACAUCUUCUAUUGGAUCUGGCCUCGCAUCGUCCAACAGGAGCUCAAUAGCUUCCGCGAUUAUUGGAACAUGCACAAGAUUCGCUUUCAGCGCAACAAGCUUAUGCCUUCGGGUACGACACCCACAGACCUCUGGAUUUCUCCCGAGGAUUUUGGCCACGAACGCAUCAGUAUCCCUGUCCCCCGCGAUGCUGUGGAAACCAUGCGUAGGAAGCGUCUGCCAUCAUCUCGGGAUGCAGCAUAUUCCUGGGUCGAUCAGGACUUCGCAAAACGCGCCGAGCAGGCAUACGAUCUACUUGGUUGUCCGCUCCUCGCGAAGGAAACAGGAUGGGAUGUCUUUGUCUCAUCAUCCUAA